CCUCCUGUGGUGUUAGCAAAGAACCAGAAAAAACCCCUUGGUCAGACCCUUUAAAAGGUGGCCAGAGUCCAAAGCAGCUUAGUGAAAACUGGGUAAUAAUCAACAGCAACCAGUCUACAAAUCAACAGAAAUGAGGGUGCAAUCUUGCUUCUUGGUCGCCGUGGUUCUUAUUCUUGGAACAGUAUGCUCAGAAGUGUUAGCUCAACUGAAUAAUGCACAAAAGCCAGAAGUCUGCUGCUUCAAGUUUCAGACAACUCCAAUACCGAGGAAACUUUUGGUUGGUUAUAAAGCAACUCAAGAUGACUGUCCAAACCUGGGUGUGAUACUCAUUGCUGCAAAUAAAAGAAAAGUGUGUGCCAAUCCAGACGUCGCUUGGGUCAAGAAGCACAUGAAUUACUUUGAUCAGAAAGCAGUGACUAAAUAAAGAAAAGACACCUAAAUGAAAAGAUUCAUAAGUCUAAUGCAGCUCCGCAAUGCUCCCUUUACUCAGCUUUCUAUUUAAAUUGUUCAAAAUAAUGGAAUAUAAGAAUCAAACAAGCAUGGCAUCGUAAUAUUAGACAUCUACUGGUCGAUCUGGGUAACCAAGCACAGGAGAAAUGUGGGUUUUGUUUGUCUUGCUUAAAAGUAUGCUUCCAUUAACAUACUAAUAAUGUUUAUAAAAGAUUGUUUUGAUAAUAAAAUCAAUAUCUCUUAAGACAGUCUUUGCUGUAUGAGAGAGAAUAUUUCUGGAAUUUUCUUUGAGUAUAAGUUUGGAAACAAAUUUCCGUUUGCAGAGUUCAAUGUUUUGCGAGAGUCUAAGAUUAUCAACACACUGUUACUAUAGUCACAGAAUAAAGUUAAAAGGUCUCUAUCCAGCCCCAUAGGACUGGGAUUCAGAUGAAAGUGGUAAUUUGCACAACACAUUUUAAGGAUUAUAGAUUAUAGAUUAUCUUACUUGGAAAAAAUCAUUCACUUUAUUAACGUGUCUAAAUGUCAAUUUUAAAUUAAAUGUUUCUCUCACUUCUUUAUGUUGUUGUGAUCUUACUGUACAUGUUUGCAUUAUAUGCACUGUAAACAUACAAAUACAGAGUUGCCACUUUUUAGUAUUUUUUGUGAUCAUAUGCCAACACUGAGGAAGCAUCUGAAUGUGACUACGACAAGUGUGAGUGUGCCUCCCUCUCUGUCUCUUUCUCUGUAUUAUGUUGCAACAGUGUUCCCUCUUUUUGAUAAAAUUAUUUAUUGACUGAAUAUAUUCAAAUAUUAUAAAAGAGCCAAUGCCCUCAUACCCUGGUGGAGGUGAGAGUUGGGACUUUUUAGUGUCAAACCAACUGCUGAAUAAAUGUCUGUAAAGUAGAAUGAGGAAAGGUGGGAAGCCCCCAUGAAAUUUGACUUCUGAAGAGAGAGUUCCCUUUGUUGUUCAAGCACUGAACUAUACUAUAACAGCGUAAAAUUAUGUCUGGAGAUGUAUCAUCACCUUAAGGCAAUGGAACAGGAAUACGCUAAUCAUAUUUGUAUAUACAGUAACCUGAGUUUGUGUUUUGGGUUAAAUAUAUAUGAAAGUAAUAAAAUGUAUCAAUUUAAAGAUAAAGGGGUUGGGUAUCAGUAAUCUUUGAUUUUCUUCUUCUAUGUAUAUACUGUACCAUAGUAUACUUUUCAAGAACUUAUAAAUAAACUUCUUGACUUAUAUGUCUGGUAUCUUCA